AGUAGCUGGCAUGGGCGGCCGACGUUGGAGAAGGAGAGAGAGAAGAACUCAGCACCCCCGCAUCGCAGGGCUCAGAAGGUCAUGAUCCGCUCCAGCAGCGACAGCAGCUACAUGUCCGCGUCCCCCGGGGGGAGUCCCGGUAGCGGCUGCAGGCAGCAGUCUUCUGACCUGGAAGUCCCCACCCACAGCCCCAGCCUGUCCCUGGGGCAGGAGCAGGGGACGCUUCCCACGGCUCCUUCCGGGCCGCCCCAGGAGAGCCCACCCCUCCCUGGGACGCGGGACAGCCACCCGCCCCUGAAGCUGAAGAAAUCCUUCGAGAUUUUGGUGAGAAAGCCCACAGCCUCCAAGCCCAAGCCUCCGCCCAGAAAAUACUUUAAAAGUGACAGUGACCCUCAGAAGAGUCUGGAAGAGAGAGAGGACCCCCUAUGCCCUUCUGGGCACACCUCACCCACGUGGGGCCAGGAAGCCGGAGAGCAGCUGCCACCUUCACGGCUGCUGCAGGAAGACACAGCAGGGAGAGCCCCCCGCGCCCUUACCUGUUCCCCGGGGCCUGCGGUGGGCCCGCCGACGCCACCCUGCUCGGAGGCCGAGCCCGGGAGGAGAGGAGGCAGCCCAGGGAUUCAAACAUCCCCAGCCAAACACCCACUCCUUAAGAGGCAGGCUCGGAUGGACUGUAGCCUUGAUAUCACCACCGAAGACCCCUGGGUUAGAAUUUCCGACUGCAUCAAAAACCUGUUUAGCCCCAUCAUGAGCGAGAACCACGGCCACCUGCCUCUGCCACCCAGCGUCAGUCUGGGUGAAGAAGACGGGGUGCGGGGCCCCCCAGACGGGACGCCGCCCAAGCCGGAUGCCACGGGCGGUGCUCCCAAAGCUCACAAGUCGGUGGACAGUGGCACCGUGAAGAAGGGUCCCCCCGUGGCCCCCAAGCCAGCCUGGUUUCGCCAAAGCUUGAAAAGUUUGAGGACGCGUGCCCUGGAGCCGAGGCGGCUGCCUGACGCGGCCUCCCCGGCCCAGCCGAUCCCCGCGCCCCGGGAGCGCCCGGGGCCACCCACUCGGACCUUCUCCUCCUCCAUCCAACAGAGGAUCAGCUCCUUUGAGACCUUCGGCUCCUCACAGCUGCCCAACAGAGGAGCGCAGAGACUGAGCCUGCAGGCCUCCUGGGGGGAAGCAGCACAGACUCCCGGGGAACAAGGGGGAGGACAGGUCGCUGGCCUCUCGGGCCGAGGGGCCGCCCCCACCGUCCAGCCGCAACCACCCGAGGAAGAGCACCUGCCGCGGGGCUCGCCCACCUCCUCCGAGACCGGUGAGCCGGGUGUGUCGGGGUCACCUCUGCCAGGACAGCAGUCCAGCCAGAAAAGCCCCCUCCCUGACCCCGACCCUCUCUCGAGGCUGUUGUCCUCACGGACUGAGGAGCCCCGAGGCCCUGUUGUCAAGAUGCCGGGUCAGCGGGCGCGGAGCUUCCCCCUGUCCAGGACCCAGUCCUGGGAGACGAAGCCGCUGGAUGAGAAGACCAGCAAGCUCUACUCCAUCAGCAGCCAAGUGUCGUCGGCGGUCAUGAAGUCCCUGCUGUGCCUUCCGUCUUCCGUCUCCUGGGGCCAGACUCCCUGCAGCCCCAAGGAAGGGGGUUCUCCCCCGUCGUUGGCCGGGGACGCCCCAGCUGUGAACAGUUCUGCGGAUGCUCCUGCCUCGGACACAGGCUUCUCACUCAACCUUUCAGAGCUGAGAGAGUACACAGAGGGGCUCGGGGAGCCCACGGAAGCUGACAGCUGGGACCACAGCUCCCCUCAGUCUGGCCAAUCGGUCAUCUCCCUGCUGAGCUCCGAGGAAUUAAAGAAUCUCAUUGAGGAAGUGAAGGUUCUAGAUGAAGCGACGUUAAAGCAAUUAGACAGCAUCCACGUCACUGUCUUGCACAAGGAGGAAGGGGCUGGCCUUGGGUUCAGCCUGGCAGGAGGAGCGGACCUAGAGAACAAAGUGAUCAUGGUCCACAGAGUGUUCCCCAACGGGCUGGCCUCCCAGGAGGGAACUAUUCAGAAGGGCAAUGAGGUUCUAUCCAUCAACGGCAAGUCCCUCAAAGGGGCCACACACAACGAUGCCCUGGCCAUCCUCCGCCAAGCUCGGGACCCCAGGCAAGCCGUGAUUGUCACCCGGAAGCCGGCUCUGGAGGCCAUGCCCGACCUGAACUCCUCCACGGAUUCCUCGGCCUCAGCCUCUGUGGCCAGCGAGGUUUCUGUAGAUUCCAAGGCCAUGGUGCACACGGUGACGCUGCAGAAGACCUCUGCGGGGCUGGGCUUCAGCCUGGAAGGCGGGAAGGGCUCCCUGCUCGGGGACAAGCCUCUCACCGUGAACAGGAUUUUCAAAGGGGCAGCCUCGGAGCAGAGCGAGACAGUCGAGCCAGGAGAUGAAAUCUUACACUUGGCUGGCACGGCCAUGCAGGGCCUCACGCGGUUUGAAGCCUGGAACAUCAUCAAGACGUUGCCUGAUGGACCUGUCACGAUUGUCAUCAGGAGGAAAAGCCUGCAGGCCAAGGGGACCACAGCAGCCGGAGACCCCUAGGCGAAGUAACCGUGCCAAAGCCAGUUCACCUCGCUCCUCACAGCCGCGAAUUCUCAGGGUCGCUGCUCAUCCCUGCCCGGAUGGGGAAAAGCAGAGAUGUGCUUCCUGGUGGCCGCUGCCCUGGUCCCGACCUUCUGGGAUGCCACCCAGCAAGAGGGUUGUCCCCAAAGGAAGGGAGAGUCACACCGGGAUGGCCGAUACAGACUAUGUCUAGAGAGCGUUAUGAUUAUACUGUGGUGCUGUAAAUAAAACAGGUAUGUUAUAGUUUGGUAUGAAA